ACAGCCGUUUUUCCCUUUCUCUCUCCUCAUUUCAACUCUGAAAUUCUCUCCGGUAGAAUUAUAUUCAUCCAAUUAUCUGAAUCGCCAUUUUUCAAAAGCGUUUUCCCAUUCUUCCAGUUAAUGGUUCAAUGGAAGAUGGGAAGCGAUGUUGAAAAACUUGAAGAGGCCUUGAAUGGUAGUGGUUCAUCUGAAACUCAACCAUUCCGUGAUUCAAUUUCCAAGAAAGAAAAGCAAAAGAGAUUGUGGAAGAAGGUGAAUAACCAGCUGGUGGAGUAUCAUUCCUUGCCUGGCUAUUUGAAAGACAAUGAAUUCAUUCUUGGUCAUUACCGAUGCGAAUGGCCAGUGAAGCAGGCUUUACUCAGUGUUUUCACUAUUCACAAUGAGACUCUCAAUAUUUGGACGCAUUUGAUAGGAUUCUUUCUCUUCCUUGUGCUAACUAUAUAUACUGCAAAGAAGGUCCCGGAUAUUGUGGAUCUUCAGACUUUACAAAAUCUCCCUGAAAAGCUUAGCAAGAUUGAUCUACACAAAUUACCAGCAGAUCUUUUACCAUGUAUUCCUUCUUUGCCGAAUAUGCCUGAUUUGCACAAACUUCGAGAGAAUUUACUGCAACUCCUAUCAAACUGUCUACCUGAUCGAUUUUCCCAUGGCAAUCAUACAGAUGUUGGUGUUCUGCAUAGUGUUAAGGAUGUGGCUAACGUGAUAGCACCACUAAUGGUGAAGCCUAUAACGCGGUGGCCAUUCUAUGCCUUCCUUGGUGGGGCAAUGUUUUGCUUAUUAGCAAGCAGCACAUGUCAUUUACUUUGUUGCCAUUCAGAGCGAUUAUCGUAUGUAAUGCUGAGGUUCGACUACGCUGGUAUUGCUGCGUUGAUAUCAACUUCAUUUUACCCUCCUGUCUAUUAUUCCUUCAUGUGCUACCCCUUUUUCUUAAACCUCUACCUGGGAUUUAUCACUGUCCUGGGAGUUGGCGCAAUGUUGGCUUCUCUCCUUCCUGUGUUUCAAAAGCCAAAAUUUAGAAGCCUUCGAGCAGGUUUAUUUUUCGGGAUGGGCAUGUCAGGUGUGGCACCUAUCCUACACAAGUUGAUUCUCUAUUGGAACCAACCUGAGGCACUUCAUACUACUGGUUAUGAAGUUCUGAUGGGUGUCUUAUACGGCAUUGGAGCAUUAAUCUAUGCCCUUAGAGUUCCAGAAAGAUGGAUGCCUGGGAAAUUUGACAUUGCUGGCCAUAGCCACAACCUAUUUCAUGUACUUGUAGUGGCAGGAGCUUAUACACAUUAUCGCGCUGGAUUAAUUUAUCUGCAAUGGCGUGAUCAACAAGGGUGCUAAGAAUCAAUCACCAGAGGGGAAGAGUUCCUCAGGAUUUUGAUUGGUGGUCUAUCAGUUUCGUUAUCAUUUAAAUGUAUAUCAACAAAGUGGAUGAGAGGUCACCAGACCCUUGGUUGUUGAACCAAUUUUCAAGAAUGGUUAAUUUUGCAACUAUCUUAAGGUAAAUUUGCUUGCCUGAAAAUGUAGAGAUUGAAAACCAAUUCUUUAGGUUCGGAAAAAGGGUCAAAAAUGUCUUUUGUUCUAAUGGAUAUGCUCGGUAUGAAGGAAAAUGUUCUUGUGAAUUGUUCCAUAUAUUAGGUGUCUAUGUCUCUAUCGAGAUGCAUAUGAUCUCACAAAUCUAUUGCCAGUAAUAGAAAAAGAAUAAGCUAUUUUUGCUCUCGUUGAGAGUCAAACUCAAGACCUCCCGCUUACUAAACGGGUGCUCUAACCAACUGAGCUACGAGAGCCGACACUAACAACGUGGUGGACAUUAUAUAAACUAAAUCCCACUGCUGCUAUAUUUAUUAUUUCCGCUGUUUUUAUUUGACAUGGAGUUAAAAAUAUUUUUUUUUUUUAAUUUUCAUGAACUUAAAUAAAAGACAUCAAAUGUAUCAAACUGAUUUUUGAUAUCUUAUACAGUCAACAAGUUUCAUA